AUGUCGAGUAAAGGAGGGUAUGCGGCAGCGCCGCCGCCGCCGCGGCAGGGAGGCGACAGGUUCUACAACCCGCCGGCGUUUCGCCGCGACCACCACCAAACGCUCUUGCAGCAGCAGCAAAUGUUGCAGAGGCAGCUGCUCCAGCAGCAGCAGCAGCAGCACCUACAGCUCCAGCAGCACCGCCUGAUGCAGAGGAGGGCGGCUCCUGCGCCGGAGUAUUCCCCGGCUGCGGAGGCUGAGGCUCGGGACGACGCUGAUGCUUCAUCGACGGAGGUGGCAUUGUCGGUGCCGCCUUCCGUUGGCCGUGGGUCGGCUUUGAGCGUUACGAAUUUGGAUCGCUUGAUGGAAUCUGUUACUCCGUUUAUCGUGGCGCGGGGCUUGUUGGAGGUGAAUGCAAGGGGCCAGAGAGCGCGUGAAGUGGAUUCACUUCCUUUUUAUUACUUGGAAGAUCUGUGGGAAUUUUUUAGCGAGUGGAGUUAUUAUGGCGCUGGAGUACCUUUAUUGUUGCAUGGGAAAGACCGAAUCGAGCAGUAUUAUGUCCCUUUCUUGUCAGGCAUACAAUUGUACGUCGACCCUUCAAACCCUGCGUCUCGACUUGGUGGACCCAAUGAGGAAAUUGAUGCUAAGUCAUAUAGGCUGAUGAGUGGUGCUGGAAGCAGCGACUCUGCAAUAGACGGGCGAGCUAAAUCCAGUUUUAGCUCACUGGGAGAUAAAUCUGUCAUAAAUUCAGUUGGUUCUGAAGUUGCUCAUUCUCAUGGACAGCCCGUGUUUCAGUUCUUGGAACACGAGCAGCCAUAUAAUCGCAGACCACUGGCUGAUAAGAUAUCGUUGCUCGUUUCGCAAUAUCCCGAGCUUAGCAAGUUCAAAAGCUGUGAUUUACUUCCAUCUAGUUGGAUAUGUGUAGCUUGGUAUCCGAUUUAUAGGAUACCCAUUGGCCCGACACUGCAAGAUCUCGAUGCAUCUUUCUUGACAUUUCAUUCUUUGUCGACUCAACCUAAAAGAAAGCAAAAGAGGCCAUCUUUUUUAAUAAAAGUAGAACAUCUUUUGGUUUCCUCUUCCUCAAGCCAAUAG